UCAAGAUUGGAUUUUUAUCAUCCCACAGAAGGGAACAUGGAGCCGUAUGAAACUUUCAGUCGAUAUGUUCCGGUUGCUAUGCCAUUCUUUCCAACUUCAUCCUGCAUUUAUUGAGAUUGCCGUAUCCUUCGGAUUCAAGAUUGAGGAUCAGGAUGAGUAUUUUACGUCGUGCUUUCAUAAAUGCUCAAAAGACCGUGGUCCCUCACAUGAAAUUUUCUACAACAUCAGAUACGUGGAACGCCAUGGACGAAGCAAGCCCGUAGACCCCUGGUCAUUUCGCCAGUACGCGGUAUACCAUCAAUACAAUGGCCAAAUUGAUGCAUCAGUAUGGAUACUGAUACAGCCUCGAAGCGCAUUCCGCCAAUGGCUCGCAGCCUCGGAAGCUUGGCGAGGUGCUGGCGGUGCCAUAGCUUCGCUGUAUUUGCAUUUACGGUUCCUCAAAUCCUCGUCGAGUUCGUGGAGAUGGUUUAUGAACCAUCUGAGUGACGAACUGGAGCAGACACGAAUCAAAGUAGUCUGUCAAAAUGUCCCAAGACUUUCUCACGGCUCUGAUGAAGUAGAAUUCAGUCAGGCACAGUCUCUCGAACUAAUCCAAGCAAAAGCAAGGCGUGCCUGCUCGGCAAUUGCGUCCACGAUAGCGGUAGUGGCAAUUUUAGGUCACCAACUUGACGAGGCCAUCCGCCUGGAAUGCGAUCAAGGACCUGGUCCAGAAGACCCUUCUUCAGAUUUAAAAGCGGAAAUCAAGCAGCUCAUGUUGCAGCUUGAAGCUCACGCGCGAAAAGCUCGAGAACUUAUUGAGACUGUAAAGAACGUCAACAUGUUGAUUCAGAGAACACUCGACCUCUGCAACUAUAGCACGGUCCACUCCAACAACACAGCACUGCGGCAGAUUUCAGCUUCAGCUGCAGCGGAGAAUAGAGCCAUGCUCCAAUUGAGCGAUGCGAAUCGCAAAGACGCUAGGAUAAUGAAAGUCGCAAGUAUCAUUGCACUCGCAUACCUCCCUGCGAGUUUAGUUGCAUCCAUUUUUAGCACGGAACUUGUUCACUUAGACCCAUUAAUGCUCGACAUUGGUAAAGGAAUUGGCAUCUUCGUAGCCCUCGUCCUCAGUCUUACGGCGGGUACAAUUGCGACGGCGUUUCUGUGGAUUCGAAAAGACGCAAUGUCUGCUCAGAACAAGAUCUCUACGUCUCCUUAGACAUUGGUAGGCAUUUUCAGGCUGGAAGGGUAUACAAUCUUCUACUAGCAACGGUACAUAGCUCAGUCGUAGCUAUGCUAUAUAUGAACUCUCUGGUCGUCAAACCUCAAGAUCGGACACAGCCAUGCUUCUCUGCCCAAAAGUCUUCCAGGCUGACUUUGCAGUAGGCUGCUUUGCUGGCCGCCUGGAGAUGGAUAUUCACUACAUUCAUUGCGACAACGCUGGAGAUGUCGAGUACCGAUAAGCACGGGAAUACAACAUGAAUAUCGAAGCUGUUAGAUUAUGACAAUCACCUACAACAAUCAAUGCUUGUAGCAAACAGGGCUUUCAUGUACAUAAUGUUCGCGUUCCACUUAAUAUCAGAUGCUACGACCUGC